AUGGCUAAUGCUCACCUUAGACGUUUACCAUUAUUAAAAAUAUUGAAUCCUAAUCUUGAAAAAUUUCAGUCUUAUACCGGUCAAGAACCUCCUGAUGAAUACCUAGAUAAGGUUAUACAAUCCUGGGCACAUUUUGAAGGGCAUAUGACUCUUCUUGAAAACGCGAAUGCAAGAGAUUUUGACAAUGCAUACAAGUGUAAAAUUUUAAAAUCUAUGAUGGGAGGAAAAUACAUUCCAGUACCGGCUAAUAAUGGUCUUAUAGCAGGUAAUCCAGCUAUAAAUUCUCCAGAUACAUUACGGGCUUGGAUGAGAGCAAAAUACCAGCGAGAGACAGUUGAAAAUCAGCAGUCAGCUAUUCAAAGAUUGACUCAAGAAAGAUUUCAUCAAUUAUCAGGUGAUCUUUACACUUGGAUGAGAAUUGCAAAUCCAGCAAGUAUUGAUGCAUUUUUUACUGAAUUGAAAAAUUUGUGGUUGGAGCGUCCUCCCAAUUUAAAUGGGAUACAAACUUCUCAGAAUAAUUCAUCAGCUGAGAUUGAAAAGUUAAAUUCCCAAAUAGCCUCUCUACAGGCACAACUAGCACAACCGGCUCAAGUACAUCCCCAGAAUAAUGAAGUCUCGGCCAAUUUUGAAAAGUUAAAUUCCAAAAUAGCUUCUUUGGAAGCACAGUUAGCAGAAUCAAUGCAGGUGCAUUCUAAUCUUGCCCAACGUUUACAGCUACCAGAAAAUGUAAUUAAUUCUAAUAGUGCUUCAACCUUUGAUAGAUAUAUUAAUCAAGAACUGGAAAAAAGAUUAGGAGUAAUCAAAAUUAAUUUAGCCAAACUCACCAAACUUGUAAGAGAAGAUACCAAAUCAGCCCAAAAUAAUACCAGACGUGCCAAAACACCUCAGCGUCAACGCUCGGAGUCCUUACCUUUUGGAGGAUUAGAAAAAAGAUUAGGAAAAAUCGAAGCCUUAUUGGCUAAACUCGCUAAAGAUUCCAAAUCCAGAAGUGGUCGAGUUCAUAUGGCUACAGUAGAUGACCAGUCUGAUUCCAUUUUUUCUGAUGAUGAUACAUCAAAAUCUGAGGACAAUGAUUAUAACUCUGAUAAUUCGUCAGCUAGUUCAGACUCCAGAAAUCGUGAUAUGAAUAUUUACAUAAGUCAUGAAAAUGGAAAAAAAAAUAAAGAUAGGCAUGGUAAGCGUGUGUCUUUAGAAGAAACUAUUCGCAAAAUCAUUCAGAUCGAAUUUGAGAAUUAUCUUCCGUACAUAAUUCAGCAGGCUAAAAAGUGUGUACCUGCAUUAGCUCAAGAUUCAGAUGAAAAGGAUGUUUUGGAUGGACCCAUGGAGAUAGAUUUCGUCAAAAAAAAGGAGCCCACCACAAGCAUUGCAUCUAUAAAAUGCAAGAUUAAGCGUCUUAAAAUUCCAGCUAUGGCACUGGACUCUUGUGCCGAACUUCCCAUUAUAACACCUGAUAUUGUUGAGCACGUAGGAUAUGGAAUCGACAAAUCCAUAAAACAUGAUCUUAGUGGUAUUGCUACUGUGCCAGUUGAAUCUAUUGGA